AUGGGGCCAGCCCCAUGGCGGGGCGGGGAGCAGGCCCAGGGUCCUGCCCGGCGCGGGUGGGGGCACCGCGAGGCCGUGGCACGUGGCACGGGGGGUGACACGUGUCCCUGUGCUCCGCAGGAUGAGUUCCACCCGUUCAUCGAAGCGCUGCUGCCGCACGUGCGCGCCUUCGCCUACACCUGGUUCAACCUGCAGGCGCGCAAGCGCAAGUACUUCAAGAAGCACGAGAAGAGGAUGACGAAGGACGAGGAGCGCGCGGUGAAGGACGAGCUGCUGAGCGAGAAGCCCGAGGUGAAGCAGAAGUGGGCGUCCCGCCUGCUCGCCAAGCUGCGCAAGGACAUCCGGCCCGAGUGCCGCGAGGACUUCGUGCUCUCCAUCACGGGCAAGAAGCCCUCGUGCUGCGUCCUCUCCAACCCCGACCAGAAGGGCAAGAUGCGCCGCAUCGACUGCCUGCGCCAGGCGGACAAGGUGUGGCGGCUCGACCUCGUCAUGGUCAUCCUCUUCAAGGGCAUCCCGCUGGAGAGCACCGACGGCGAGCGCCUCGUCAAGUCGGGCCAGUGCACCAACCCCAUCCUCUGCGUGCAGCCCCACCACAUCAGCGUCUCCGUCAAGGAGCUCGAUCUCUACCUGGCCUACUUCGUGCGCGAGAGAGAUUCCGAGCAGAGCAGCAGUCCCCGAACGGGCAUCGGCUCCGACCAGGAGGACAGCAAGCCCAUCACGCUGGAUUCGACAGACUUCCAGGAAAGCUUCGUCACCUCGGGGGUGUUCAGCGUCACCGAGCUCAUCCAGGUGUCCCGAACGCCGGUGGUGACAGGCACGGGGCCAAACUUCUCCCUGGGGGAGCUGCAGGGCCACCUGGCCUACGACCUGAACCCCUCGAGCACAGGCAUGAGAAGGACGCUACCGAGCACCUCCUCRAGCGGGAGCAAACGGCACAAGUCUGGCUCCAUGGAGGACGACAUAGACACGAGCCCGGGCGGCGAGUACUACACCUCGUCCAACUCGCCCACGAGUAGCAGCCGCAACUGGACAGAAGACAUGGAAGGGGGCAUCUCCCCCACCGUGAAGAAGACGGAGAUGGACAAGUCACCCUUCAACAGCCCGUCRCCCCAGGACUCGUCGCCGCGGCUGAGCAGCUUCACGCAGCACCACCGUCCCGUCAUCGCGGUGCACAGCGGUAUCGCUCGAAGCCCCCACCCGUCGUCGGCUCUGCAUUUCCCCACCACCUCCAUCCUCCCCCAGACGGCCUCCACCUACUUCCCGCACACGGCCAUACGGUACCCGCCUCAUCUCAACCCCCAGGACCCUCUGAAAGAUCUCGUCUCGCUGGCCUGCGACCCGUCCAACCAGCAGCCCGGACCGUUAAAUGGAAGUGGUCAAGUGAAAGUGCCCAGCCACUACCUGCCCGCUCAGAUGCUGGCGCCGCCGCCGCCCCCCGGCGUGCCCCGCUUGGCCGUCUCUCCUGACACCAAAUCCGCCACGACCACGUCCGAGGGAGGGACGACCUCGCCGACGUCACCCACCUACUCUGCACCAGGCACGCCCCCUGCGAGCCGCUCCUUCGUGGGAUUAGGAGCCCGGGAUCCCGGCAGCAUCUACCAGGCACAG